CUAACACAACAGCAACAGGUUCGGGGGCCAAGCCUUUUCUGGGCGUGGAAAACAGAAUCUUCCUCUUAACUUUCAGGGCUCACAACCUGAUAUUUCUUGACAGAUCUAUGCGUACACGGGGAUGAAGAAAUAGAAAUAGCUCUCUAAUAUUUCAUCUUCAUAGGGGGAGAAAGAUAGCUAGGUUGAUUGCCACCCCAAAAGUCGGCGGGUAGGUACAAUAAUCAACAUGGAAGAAAGAGACUGUUGUUCGAGGGAUUCGACGAUCACGACGAUCAGAAGCAGCCCAGAGAAGCGGAAGCAACAGAGACAGCACCAGAAAGCAGCGAAGGACAAGCCAUACAGAGGGAUAAGGAUGAGGAAGUGGGGCAAGUGGGUGGCUGAGAUCAGAGAACCCAACAAGAGGUCAAGGAUUUGGCUGGGUUCCUACACCACUCCCAUCGCCGCCGCACGCGCCUACGACACCGCCGUUUAUUACCUCCGAGGCCCUUCUGCUUCGCUUAACUUCCCCGAACUCUUGUUCCAAGACAACAACGCUCUCUCUCGCGGCGACAUGUCCGCCGAUUCCAUACGCAAGAAAGCCACCGAAGUCGGCGCCAGAGUUGACGCCCUUCAAACCGCCCUUCACUCCUCCUCUCCCUCCAGUUCUACCCAAACCACCUCUUGCAAACCCGACUUGAACGAGUACCCCCAACCCGAAGACUCCGUCUAGGAUUAGAACUAGCUGAUACAUAUGCAAGCAACUAUGAUCCUGAAUCUGUCCUCUCUAAUUAGCUCUCCAGUAGAUAUAUAUAGUCCGUAGUAGUAGGUAUACAUAUGAUAUACUUAGUCUUCCCGGUGAAGCUUAUGGUGUAAUAUUCCCAGGUGUAACAAGGUACAUGGUACCGCUCCACGUCGCUGGGCACAUGGUUCUGUUUGUAUCUGGUAGUCUUCCAAUGACCUGUCUUCUUUGUUGCUGGAGAUUUUUUUUCCUUGUUUUUAAUUUUAUUUCCAUCGGGUUAUUCGAAAAGAAAGAAAGAACUGUUCUUUCUAUAUAUUUUGUUCUAAUAUAUAUACAUACAUAAAGCUUUGAUUGCUAA